AAGUUUCGCUAACAAGAAAUGUAAGCCACGCCCUUAUAAUUGCUCAACACUGGACUUAAUGAGUAAUGUAAACUCACUGGUAGAGGUUAUGCUUCCUAACGUAACUUGCUUAUUAUUUCUAAAUAUCUACUUUUCUCUAUUCAGCUAGCAACAUUUUUCAUCAGUUUUUAAUUCGAUUUCACUCAGUGCUUUAUUAUGGAUAGAGUCGAUCAAAAUUACGAAGAAGAACUGAUAAUAGUGAAUAGAAAAUGUGAAUAUUAUGUCUCUAAAAAGUUCAUUUGUUCAGUUGUGCCUUAUUUUAAAAAAUUGUUUUCUGGCGAUGAAUUGGAAUCAAGGGAAAACAAAGUGACUCUGGAUUUUGAUGAAAGUGCCUUCGAUGCUCUUCUUAACUGGCUUCAUUCUGGAUUAUUCGUGAUGCAAAUGGAUUAUGUGAUAAACUUUUAUGCAGCAGCUAAGCGUUUGAGGAUCAGCAAGCGUUUGUUUAAACCUUGUUUUGAGUAUUUCCAUAAAAAUUUCACCAUAAAAUAUCUUCCACUUGUUUUAACUCAAGUCAAAAAAUCUUCCAAAUUGAUCAAUUUAGAAGUUAUUGACAUCUUUAUUUGUCGCCAUUUUCUGAAGAUCGCUAAUACCGAUACUUUUUUGGAUUAUCCAGUUGAAACGCUCGAACAUAUUUUAAAAUUAGAUUUGAUGAUUUACUCUGAGUAUCAAGUUUUUGAAUCAAUAAGGAAAUGGGUGAAUAAGAAUACAGAUUCAAGAAAAGAAUUUCUUUCAAAGCUAUUGAGACUCGUGCGUUGGUCUUUCAUGGAUCCUGUUGGCUUAUCAAAAAUCAAGGAAAAUGAAUUUAUAAAGGCUCUGAAAAAAUUUGACAGUGGAUUCAAUCGUACUCAACAAAACUUCUUUGUCUCAAUCCAGGAAUUAGAUCAUUAUUCAAAGAUACGGAUAAAUAUAUUUGAUAAAGAUUUAUUUUGUUUACCGAUCGGUGAUUUUACCCUAGAUGAUACAAUGCCACUUGAACUUUUUCAUGGAGAACACAUUUCAGACAUCUUAUUUGAUUCUGGAAAACUCGGUAUUCGAAUUGAUUGGAAUCAAAAGACAUUCAUAGGUCUUAACAUAGACAAUGGUGAAACAUAUUACACUAAAAUGCAUCAAUCGAUUGUGAAUUUUCAGGAUGAUCGUCGUGAAUAUUCCUGCUAUUUGGACGAUCAAGCUACUGAGCUUCCUGAUGAUACUCCAGCUAAUGAAUAUUUAUUGCUUGAGUAUAAUGAUGGAUUCGUUUGUAUUGGUGAAACUCUUGACGACAAAAGAUUUUUUGGUAUUUUCCCAGUGACGGAUCCCAAUUGGUUCAUUGACUAUCCUGAUCACUAUACAUUACAUGCAACUAUUUUGAACAACACUGUUUAUUUAUUGACGGCGAAUUUCCUUUUUUUCCAAUGGAACAUGGAAACCCGCUCAUACAAUGAGAUUGAACUAGUUAAAGGCGUUGAUAAGUUGGCACACAAUAAACUAAUCUUGACUUCUCUUCCCACAGAAGAUGAUAAAGUGAUUCUGGUUGAUAAAUCGACUGGGAAAUUUCAUGUUUACUGCAUUCAUGAGAAGAAAUGGUUCGAAAAAUAUCAAAUCUUCAAUGUAAAUCCCGAUUCGAAGGAUUCAUAUUUUGAUUUUGAUAAGUUAGUUGCCUUCACCUCUACGUUUUUACCGAUAAAAAAUAUAAAACCAUUGUUCAGACGAAACUUUUUGUAACACUUGCAGCUCUCUAACAGCUCAAUGUAAUCAACAGUAAAUGUAAACAAUAUGAAUUUAAUUAUCGUUUUAUGCGAAGUAUCUGAUCAAAUGUUUCUUUUUCAAAUUUUAAUGAGACGUUCAUGUAAUAGACAAGCUCAUCCUUUUGAACCUCUUUGUUUUAUCAAAUCUACCCUUUUAUGCCAAAUAAUUAACUCAAUGUUUUCUCCACUACACUCGUUUCCACAGAGCGAAGUUCAUUUACUUCUUGAGACAAUUACUUCUUCCGAGUAGUAACAAUAAUAACUAUUACAUUGUAUUUUAUCUUUCAUUCUUCAAUAAAAUCG